AUGAGUUCUGAUCCGACGAAAGUCAUAGCCCUAUCUUCUCUUGCUAGCUUUGCUGCUGGAGCAUUAUCAAUCUGGACUAUCGUGAAUUGGCGUCAACGUUGUGAAAAGUCAAAAAUAACAGAUUGUGAACCCACUAUAGUGCAACCAGUUAGACGACCUACUCCACAACCUCAUCAACAUUCUGAUGAAGAAUCUGGAGAACAACUUCAUUGGAAUCCAUUUCAAGAACGACGUGGAAUUGGUGAUCUCGUUAUAAAAGCAAAUCAUAUUGCUCUUAUUGUAUCGGAUGUCGGUAGAUCGCUUCAUUUUUAUGUUGAUAUAUUGGGUCUACAACAGAUUCGUCGACCGAACUUUGAUCGACAUGGAGCAUGGCUUACGAUGGGUAAUCUUGAGCUUCAUCUUAUCAAGGGUAUUCCCGUACCACCACCUGAAGAUAAUCUGAUUGUGGGACAUAUUGCAUUGGAAACUACAGAUGUGAAGUUAACUUUACAGAAACUAAUCGAAAUGAAAGUUGAAUUUCGUCAAAAUAUUUCCGUACCUGAUCCAAAAACAUCACGAGAGAAUCGAUUUGAAGGCGGUGCGUCCAAAGGACCUACAGGUGUUGUUCAAUACUUCUUUACUGAUCCUGAUGGAUAUUAUAUUGAACUUUGCAAUUGUGAUAUACUCACGGAUUUUUGUCUGAAUAAAGAACGUGGCUCUGAAGCUCUUCAGUAUUGUGAAGGUGUUAAAAAAUACCAUGCAUUAACUGUUGCUCAAACAGCUAUGCGAUGGAGACGAAAAGCACGUCGACAACGUGACGAAGAUCUUGAUCUAAUCUUGGAAUAUCUACCACGUGCAACGGAAGUUCAUAAAGAACGAUAUGAAAAUCUUUGCAAACGACGAUUUACCUAUGGUGACAUUAUGCAAGGCUUCAGUGACGAAGAAAUUCAAGAAGCACUUCUUAGAGGACACAAUGCUGUACGCUUAGCAAUUAGACUUCUUACACGACAACGAGGCACAGAUCGAUAUUUUCAACCACCUUCUUUCUACGAAAAGGGAGAAUUGACCAAGCCAAAGGCAUUUCAUAUGGUUAAAAACAAAAAAUAA